CAGCGCUGCGAGUUGAUGGCCUGCGUGAGCGAGGGCCUCGCCGCGGCGCGCAGCCGCGGCUCGCGCGGCUCGCGCCGCGGCGGCGGCUCGGGCAACCGUGUGACCGCGCCGCUCGCCGCAGCAGAGCCGCUCGCCGCCGCGGACCCUCGCGCCGUCCUGGAGGCGGUCGCGAGCAACGUGCAGCUGCAGCGCGAGCACGUCAUUCAGAGAGAGCUCAUCGAGGCUGGGGUGGCCUCGACGGCCGACGCGCGGCUGCGGCAGAAGAUGAGCGAGACGUUUGCCGCCAUGCUCCAGGGAACUGGGCCCAGCUUCAGCGUGCUGCAGGGCGCCCCUGGCGCCGCUCCGCCACCCCUGGCGCCGCUCGCCUCGCUGCUCGUCGAGGGCGGCGAGCACAUCGUGCUGCCCGAGGCGGCCUGGGCGCCGCACGAGGGCCUGCUCUCCUGCCUCACCGACAUUGCGACUGGCGCGCUGGCGGCGCCAGAGCUGCCGCCGCUCCCGAGCGACGACACGCUGCUGCCAGAGAUGUCGCAGCCGAUGGAGCAGGCGCAGCUGCAGGCGACGUUCAGCGUGCUGCAGGGCGCCGCGUCCGCGCCCCACAUGGGCUCCGUCAUCCGAAUGCUCGUGCAGCUCGCGCAGCUCGACGGCCCUCUCCGCAUGCUCGGCGGGCAGCCGUCGCCGUGCGACCUGCAAACCUUCCAGCAGCACCUGUCCGCGCUGGCCAACCAGCUCAACACGCUGCACGACCCGAACUUUCUGGGCAAGGAGCUGCAGUCGCCCGUCUUCGCGCGCGCAAAGUACGAGCUCUUCGCGCUGCAGCACGUGCAGAUGCUCGUCUGGCUGCAGCGCGUGCAGCAGGGGCUGCAGCAGGGGGCGGGCAAGACCACGCCCGCAGAGGUGCAGCAGUUUGUGGUGCAGAUCUCGCACGCGGCGCGCGUGCUGCUCUUCCAGCCGAUGCUGCUGCACUCGGUGCAGGUCAUGUCGUACGUCCAGUCGCUGCCGCCGUACGACGCCAAGACGGAGGCGCAGCCCGGCUCGAUGCGCGCGUCGAUGGCCUACCCGCCAGAGUCCGCAACGGAGCAGGACCGCGUGGAGUGGCUGCUGCUCAACCUGCUGCUGCAGUUCCAGACGGUGUACAAGGACGCGCUGUGCAACCCGGGCAUCUACACGCCCACCUACUCCCCCGGCGAGGCGUCCCUCUUCCAGGGCUUCUUCCGGCUCGAGGAGAUCUACACGCACCUGAUCCAGCGCUUCCCCGGCGUCGUGGUCAUGUCGGAGCAGGAGAUGCAGGUGGUGACGCAGCUGUGCCAGAAGAUCAACCGGCACUUCACCGACGGCAAGACCAUCCGCCAGUGCCUCGAGACCAACCCGGGCUCGCACGGCAAGCAGAUGCUGGUCCAGUCGCUGCAGCUGCGCGAGAUCCCGUCGGCCGACUACGCGGUGCGCGAGUGGAUCCUGCCGUUCAUGAUGACCUUCACCGACCUGCUCAAGGUGCUCUGGACGCUGUGGACGCAGCACGCCAAGCGGGGCGCGGCCGAGGCCGAGGUGCGCGCCAGCUGCGAGGGCAUCGCCAGGCUCGUCGGGGAGCGGAUCGUCGCUCAGCUCGCAGACGAGGAGCUCGCGCUGCGCGCCGCGGCGGCGUCGGCGCCAAAGGACGCGGCCGUGGGGGGCGGGCGGCGCGGCGGCGGCGAGCUGCCGUCGGCGCUGCCGACAGCGACCCGCGCGGUGUCGCUGCCGCCGCUAAACGACGGGCUCGGCGGCGGCCUCCUCGCUGGCCUUGGCGUCGCGGCGCCGCCGCCGGCGGCGCCGCCAGUGGCGGCGCCCGCCGCGGCGACCAACGGGCAGCUGGACGGCGGCGGCGUGGGGUGGGCGUCGGUCGUGCGGCGGGCGCCCGCGGAGCCGCCGCCGGCGCACCCGCCGCCGUCGCGGCAUAGGAACGCAGAGGGGGGUUCCACGAAGCGGACCGGCGCGGGCGCCGGGGGCGGCGCCACCGACGACUCGACAGUCCGGGCGCUCGUCGCCAAGCGAGAGCAGGCGCGCUUCUCGCGCGACUUUGACGCGGCGGACCGGCUCCGCGAGCAGCUGGCCAAGCUCGGGGUGACGCUCGACGACCAGGCCAAGACGUGGCGCGCCGCGGACGGCCGGUCCGGCUCCAUCACGCAAGUCAACGUGUCGGAGAUCCACGCGCAAAAGGCGGCAAAGUCGGGCGCCGCGUCGCUCGACGACGCCGAGAUCAACCGGCUGGUGCGGGAGCGCGAGCAGGCGCGCUACACGAGCGACUACAAGACGGCGGACAGGCUGCGCGACCAGCUCGAGCGGCAUGGCGUCUCGCUCGACGCCAAGUGGCUCGCUGCGGACGGACGCUGGGGGCAGAUCCCGCCCGUCAACAUCUCGGCGGCGCACGCGCAGAAGGCGGCGCGCGCGGGCGCUCCGCGGCUGUCCGAGGACGAGCGCACCUUUCCUCCCCCCUGCGCGGCAGGCGUCUACCUCGACUCCAAGGAGAACAAGUGGCAGGGCCCCGACGGCGCGUCUGGCGCCAUCGUGGUCUCGCAGCUCUCCGACGACGACGCCGCCGACCGACUGCGCGACACUCUCAACGAGCAGUGCGUCUCCGUCGACGACAAGAAGAACCGGUGGGACGCGUCGGAUGGGCGCUCGGGCACCAUCGAGCCCUUCACGUGCAUGCACGGCACGCCCUCCCGCGGCGGCGGCGGCAAGGGAGGCGCCGAUGGCGCGGCCGGCGCAGACGACGCCGGAGACGGCGGCGGCGGCGGCAAGACUGGCCGCAAGGGCGCCAACGCGGUGGCCACAGCGGCGGCGGCGGCGGCGGCGGCGGCCAAGGGGGAGGGCGGCAAGCGCGUGCUUCCCGAAAAGGCGCGGCGGGAGCUCGCCAAGCACUUGCGCGCGGUGACGUCGCAGUCGGCGCGGCAGUGCGAGAAGGCGCUGCAGGCCAACGGCGACGACAUCGAGCGCGCCGCCGACUGGCUCAUCUCGCAGGCCGAGGCUGCGAGCAAGGGGUCGCCUGCUGCGGCGCCGGAAGAGGCGCCUUGAGCCGGCGCAGCGCCAUCUGCCCCGACGCCGUCUCUUGCCGGACAAACGCACCUGCUGCCGCGUGCGCCGCUGUGACUGGCGUGGGGCGGUUUGCGCCGCUCGCGUACGCGGAGCGUGGCUUUGGGACUCAGUCUCGGUCCUCCGAACCCCUUUUCCCGCUCGCUCUGCGCUCUCUCUCUUUUGCCCCCUCCCCCGUGCUGCGCCCGGGCGAUGCUACGCUGGCCCGCGCUUUGGCCGGCACAAUAGGGAGCUCUGAUGUAAGCGCCUCUGGGUGCCGCGUGUUCACUGCGCGUGAGAGUUUACACAUGCUGGUUGUUGUUCGUCAGUUUUAACAGAUUUGACGGCUU